GGGGUCGGGAGGCGCAGGCAGAGGCGGUUACGGUAGCGACGACUUGAGCGGGCCCGGUGCCGGCGGCGGAGAGGGCCCCGCGGGCGGUGAUGUGAGCCCGAAGCCCUUGACAGAAGUCAAUGUGAUUUUAAUUUGAAGUGACACUGAGAAAUGGAUCUCUCUUCCUCAUUCAUCCCUAUUGCUUUUUGAUGACCAUGACGUAAGGAACUUUAUCCCAGGAGUAUGUUUUUGCAUUAGUAAGCAUUCAACUUACCAUAUGCUCAGAUUAAAGAAAUCCCUGGAAGCCUUCAAGACAAGUAGCUGCAUUAAACAAGAUUUGUGAUGAAAUGGAGCCUGGAACAAACUCUUUUCGAGUAGAAUUUCCUGAUUUUUCCAGCACCAUUCUGCAGAAACUGAACCAGCAGCGCCAGCAAGGACAAUUAUGUGAUGUCUCCAUUGUUGUCCAAGGCCACAUUUUCCGGGCACACAAAGCUGUUCUUGCUGCCAGUUCACCCUACUUUUGUGAUCAGGUACUUCUGAAAAAUAGCAGGAGAAUUGUUUUGCCUGACGUAAUGAACCCAAGAGUGUUUGAGAAUAUUCUCCUAUCUAGUUACACAGGACGUUUAGUAAUGCCUGCUCCAGAAAUUGUUAGUUACUUAACAGCAGCAAGCUUCCUCCAGAUGUGGCAUGUGGUGGACAAAUGCACUGAGGUUUUAGAGGGUAACCCUACAGUCCUUUGUCAAAAGCUUAAUCAUGGCAGUGACCAUCAGUCUCCAAGCAGCAGUAGUUAUAACGGCCUGGUAGAGAGCUUUGAACUGGGCUCUGGUGGCCAUACUGAUUUCCCCAAAACCCAAGAACUUAGGGAUGGAGAGAAUGAAGAGGAGAGCACCAAAGAUGAGCUAUCAUCUCAGCUCACUGAGCAUGAAUACCUACCCAGCAACUCAUCCACAGAGCAUGACCGGCUGAGCACUGAGAUGGCAAGCCAGGAUGGGGAGGAGGGGGCCAGUGACAGUGCUGAGUUCCACUACACCCGGCCCAUGUACAGCAAACCCAGUAUAAUGGCUCACAAACGCUGGAUCCACGUGAAGCCUGAGCGCUUUGAGCAGGCUUGUGAGGGCAUGGACGUGCAUGCAACCUAUGAUGAGCACCAGGUCACUGAGUCCAUCAAUACCAUGCAGACCGAGCACUCAGUCCAGCCUUCAGGAGUGGAGGAGGACUUUCACAUUGGAGAAAAAAAAGUGGAAGCAGAGUUUGAUGAACAGGCUGAUGAAAGUAAUUAUGAUGAGCAGGUGGAUUUCUAUGGCUCUUCUAUGGAAGAAUUUUCUGGAGAGAGGUCAGAAGGGAAUCUCAUUGGGCAUAGACAGGAGGCUGCCUUAGCAUCAGGCUACAGUGAGAAUAUUGAAAUGGUAACAGGGAUUAAAGAAGAAGCUUCUCACUUAGGAUUUUCAGCCACUGACAAGCUGUAUCCUUGUCAGUGUGGGAAAAGUUUCACUCACAAGAGUCAGAGAGAUCGACAUAUGAGCAUGCACCUCGGUCUUCGGCCUUAUGGCUGUGGUGUCUGUGGUAAGAAAUUCAAAAUGAAGCAUCAUCUUGUGGGUCACAUGAAAAUUCACACAGGCAUAAAGCCAUAUGAAUGUAAUAUCUGUGCAAAGAGAUUUAUGUGGAGGGAUAGUUUCCAUAGGCAUGUGACUUCUUGUACCAAAUCCUAUGAAGCUGCAAAGGCUGAGCAGAAUACCACUGAGGCUAACUAAAAAUAGGAUCUGGCCCUUGAGUGGCAGGCAUAAAAAUAAACUAUGGUAAUUAUGCAAAUCUGGGCACAGAUGAUGCGUGCUACUUGUUAUUAUGAGAGAAGCUUAUAAAAAAAGGAAGAUAUUUCUGAAAGACCAGCUCUAAGUAGGCCAAUUUAAAAAUCUAAUUCCUCAAGUUUGUAUGUUCCAUUCCUGGCCUGGAGGAAGGAGUAAUGGGGUAUGUUAACCCACCUCUCAGCUGGCAAGGUAUACCUUCAGGCCAGUUGUGAUCUAGGCAGGCGGACUUUAUGAUCUAGUCACCCGCACUUGGAACUAGACUCCAACCCACCAGUUCCGUUUCAGGUGGCAGCAGUUUUUAAUCACUCAUCAUUAUAAGGUCAUGUUGAAAUUUUAUUUUGCUUUUAUUAUAGGUAGCUAGGUGGUGUGGAUUUGUUUUGGUAGCUGCUUCACUGAAUGAAAUGCUCCUUAUGUAAAAUCUACAAAUAAUGUGAUCCCUAGAAUGAGAAAUUGAUUAACAGAGCUCUCUUGUCUGGUUUCAUUAUUUCUAACUGGUAUUUUGACUAAAACUAUGGAGAUGCUAAGAGGGUUGACAUUCUAAAUAUGAAACAACUUAUGGUAAAAGUUCCAAUUUCUGUAAGAUGCCACAGUUCCAGUGUGUUUCAGACUCUUGAUAAAGCAAAAGUUUCGUAUUUUAGUACUAACAUUUAGUUUGAACAAUCAUAUCUAGUUGUAAUUCUCUAGGGUGCCAGAGUUGGGUAUUUGUAAUUGGUUUGCUGUCCCAAAUCCUGUUUGUUUAAUUGUAGUAUCCACAACGGUGGAAUCCACUCUGUGGCUGGUAGAUGUCUAGCCCGCUGGGUCUCUGACCAGGGUACUGUUGGCUGCUCCAACCAUAGCUCUGCCUCAGAUUGUGGUGCUUCCUGAAGAGGUCAGUCAGUGGCCUCAAUUAAUGGAAAAGAGCCAAAAGUCAUGGCUGAGAGUUACCUACAAAUUUCAGAAACUAAUAUGAGUACUUCGCUGACACUCCAGAUGUCAAAUUGAGAGUUGCAGUGAAGUGGAAUUUUAUGAGUGGCAGAUGAUACUUGAGAGGGGAAAAAAAAGAUUGCCCAAGAAAAAAGGAGUCUUGAAAAUACACUGGUGCGGGGAAUGCUCUUUUAAGGGGGUACGCUGAGCUGAUACUGCCAGUUCUUUAUGAGUGUUCAGUGUAUUUUAAAAGAGGGAAAGAAGGAGUCCUAAUUUUAGCGAAGUAGUCUACAGAUUCUUGCUCCCGAAUUAUAGAUAAAGCUGCAUAAAUUUACAAGUCCACAUAGCUGUACCUACCAAGAAACAACAAGAAAAGCAGCUAUUCUGAGACCUUUUCUUUUCUGCUCAUUAGUUAGAUGGUUCAGGUUAAAAAGAAGCAUAUAUCCAAAAUGCUUUUAAGCCGUGUAAUAUACCUGAAGUUUUUACCAAGGUAGGACAUGGUGCUACUGUAUAUCAACCUUUCCAUACGCUUACUUAUCUAUUACUUCUAAAUUCUAAGUAGAAACUUCCCUUUUUCCUUAAAAUAAAAAUAACUUUCUUGGAUUUGGCUGAAAUUUUAUUUUAUAAGUUUGGCUUUGCUCUAAUGUGAUAGACAUUGCUGGCAAUGGCCUCUGAUCCUCAAGCUACUGACACCAAGGAGUUUACUGUUGAACAUUGUCUGGAAAGGGGAAAGAAAGUACUUAUGUAUCAGUUAAUUGUUGUAAUCAAGAUUUACAAAACAGGGAUCUAUUCACUAACACUGUAUCAUUCUCAGUAUAUAAAAAAAGCACUUUGUAUUUAAAACUUUAUAUAUAAAUAUAUAUAUAUAUAUAUAUAUAUAUAUAUUGUUUUUUAACCUAGAAACUAGAUAAUACCUCUUGGUUUUUUGCCACGUAAAUAUCAUCUCUUGGUGUUGAACAUCACCAGUAAAUAGUCCCUUCUCUUUGUAUCUGACAGAAGUGUACAGAAGUGACUGUACAAUUAAGCUCAAUGGCUCCUUCUCCUUUUCUCAUGUCAGAGGCUGGUGGGUUUUAGUCCUAGAGGUUGUGUGUGAGGAUAAAUUGUUUUAUACUCCUACUAAUUUCAUGACUUAAGGCAGUGAAGCCAUUUUGUUCUGCUGACAGCUGAUCAUCCUCUCCCAUGGAAUUAGCAAAAUGUUUUCCUCCUGUUUGGAUGAUUUCGUGUGCUGUUUCCCUGUAAAGAUUAUGUUCAAAUGAGCAUGGGACAUUUGGGGAGAAAAAUUUGAGAGGUAAAAUAAAAAUAUUCUGGAAAAAUCAUGGUUCUUCAGUUAUGUUGAAAUCAGCACAGCAGCCUUGCCAUGAGCAAUAACGAAGAACUUUUGUCCAGCCAGGAGUUAUGGCUGGCCCCUGGGGUGGUAGUUUUGGAAGCAGUCAGUUGUCCUGACAUUCAUUUAAUGCUUUGUGAGGAGAUGACUUUUAUUGAAAUCCUUAUGUGUACAUCAGCUACUAAAUGUAGAACUAAGUAUAAAUUCCUCACAUCUGUUGUUUUAAGUUUUUAUGACAUUUGGAGUUUUGGUAAAAAUUGGGUUUGUUAGUUGGGUCAACCAGAUGAUCUGAAAUGAUGGAAUUGCCUUAGUUUGGACAUUAAAAGUGAAUUUUUGUUAACUCUGUAUUUUAGGGUUAGGAGAUCAUCCUGCAUUACUACCCUUUUGCCUCCCCACCUUGGGUUGGAGUGAUAAUCUCUCUCCUUAGCCUCAAUACAGCUUUAGAAAAUCUUUAACCUUCCAGAUCAGUUUGGUUAGUUGUGGGUAACAUUUUCCACACAGUCUUUCAGGGAUCGUUUCAGUGGCCUACAACCGAGGUGUUUUUCCCUUUACUUUGAGUCUUAACUGUGUUUUCUCCACACCUAGUGGGGAAGAGCUUCAAAGCACCACCAAUGGAACUUAAUAUUAGUACUUAUUCCAUGCCUUUAAUGUUAGAUAUACACAUUACAAUAAUCCAGUUAGUAAAGUAGGUAUCACUGUCUAAGGAAAGACUAAAAUAGCCUUUCCUCAGGUGUUGUGGGUUAUACUCAGGCUCCUGGACCCCAGCCUGUUCCUGAUUUCUAGAUCUCAUGUUCCUCCAGUCCCUUCUUUUGGCCACCACUUUAAAAGAGUCUGCCCCGUAGGGUCCCCUCCAUUUUAGUGGGCAUUUGCUAACUUAACUGACCUUAGACUGGCUUUUGGCUGUUUGGGAAAGCUGCUUAGCCUCGGUGGCUCCUUUCUUUGGAGGAAACACACCCCCAAGCUCUGCAAAAGUGAAAUUGAGGCAGCGAAGAAACAGCAUGGCUGUGCUUUCCCUGGGGAAGGGGAUGUGCUGCAGCCCCCUGAGGAAGGGUGGUGAGGGCUCCAUCACACCAAAUCCAAGUCUCUGGUAAAUUAGGAAUGCUGGAAACCAAUUAACACACACAAACACACACACCCCUAAUCUAUGCCACUGAUUUUGUGAUUUAGGUUGCUUUCAUGGGUGACUUUCUUCAUUGAAACCAGGGUUUGUAUUUUUGUUUUGUUUUGAUUUUUGUUUUUGUUUUUGUUUUGCUACUUAUAUAUUUAAAGGUACAAGUUUCUUUAGCUCUCUACUGAUAGUGCCCUGUGGGAAGAUGCUGGAACACAUUUUACAAAAUGUGAUUUUUUUUUAAUUUUUAGUUUUGCUUGAAGCCUGUGUCAUAAUGUCAGUUGCUGCUGCCUUUUUUCCUUUUAUGAGGUUCCCAAUGUUUCUUCCAAAAAAUUACUUGAUUUAUGCAAGACAGAUGACUCUGAGGCCACAAAACAAUUUGAUGAUAAAUAGAUUAUCAUUAGGUACAUAUCAUUGAUAUUUUGUGAAAUGUUAUGCCUGUGUUGCAAAAGUUGAUUAGUUUUGUCUUUAUAUAUUGCUGUCUUCAGUGUACAGCAUGGUUUUACUUAACUGAAUGUUACUGUUGAAUAUUUUCUUCUUAUAGAAGAGACCAUGCCCUUUUGUAUGACAUGUUUUAAUAAAUGUUACCUGUCAACUUUGUAAAAGUUUUGUUUUUCACUCUGGGUGGAUGACCACAUGUCUUUGUUUUCAUUUUGGCUUUUGCCCCUGAGAAUGAAAGUUAUAUUGUAGCCUUUUGAUAAAUAAAUGCCAAAUAGAU